CGCGCACUCGAGCCCGAGGCUCGACAUAAAUAUCCUAUGUAACCCUGUUCCAUCGUCUAAGAGCUAAAACGGCCACAGCUGCUGCGUGUUCUGUACUUCAAACAAUUUUCAUUUUCAUGUCUUCAUAUUUCUCCUCUCUUGAAGCAAACCCUAGCAUCAAAACUACCUCAAUUUCAAUUAUAUACACCUCUCUUCUUUGAUCUUAAGUUCAACUCCACCUAGGUAUAACCCCACGAUUCGCUCUCGGUUAGAAUAUUUGAUUUUCAGACACUUAACCUUUCUUUCACGGUUUCAAAAUUCGAGUACAUUUCCCCACGAUUUGUAUUGUGUAAUUGCUCAGCAGCAGUGAUGGUUAUCGCGGGCUCUCUGCGUUGUUGUUCGGUGUGCAUGGAAAGUAGAGGAUGCAGUAGUUGCGGGGUGGAGGGGACUGUUCCCUCACCGUUUCUCUGCUAGCAGCUAAAGAGACAGCCGGAUCCAGUGCAAGAGUCGUCUCAAAAUCUUCAGACAACGAAGUUAAGGGGAAAGUCGAAGCCUUAGAAGUUAGGAAUACUUACCCGAGCAGCCAAGGCUAAAGCACAAGUUUAAGCCGAGGGGGGAGACAUCCAAAGCAUCCGUUGCUGUGAAGAAGGAAAAGGGAGAGUCUAAAGAAAGGAAGCAGAAGAAGAGGUGGAGAUGGGGGAUGAGAGUGGUGGUUUGAGUGCCAAUAAUAAAGACACUGCAGAGGAUGAGGGGAACACUACUCCCUUCCCUGAUGAGGUGCGAGUUGGGCAGUCACCUGUCUAUAAAGUUGAAAAGAAGUUGGGAAAAGGUGGCUUUGGUCAAGUCUUCAUGGGGCGCCGUCUUUCUGGUGGAAAUGAAAGAACAAGUGGCGCAGGAGCCACAGAGGUUGCCCUGAAGUUUGAGCACCAAAAUAGCAAAGGAUGUAGCUAUGGGCCUCCACACGAAUGGCAAGUAUACAGCAAUAUUGGUGUCAGCUAUGGUGUGCCAAAAGUACAUCAUAAAGGAAAACAAGGUGACUACUACAUAAUGGUUAUGGACAUGCUAGGGCCCAGCUUAUGGGAUGUAUGGAAUUCAUCCGGACAAUCGAUGUCUGCAGAAAUGGUAGCCUGUAUUGCUGUGGAGUCGUUGUCGAUCUUAGAGAAACUGCAUGCAAAAGGUUAUGUACAUGGAGACGUCAAGCCUGAGAACUUCCUUCUUGGCCAACCAUCAACCUUGCAAGAGAAGAAGUUGUUCCUUGUUGACUUGGGUUUAGCAACAAAAUGGAAAGAUAAUUCAAAGGGUCAUGUCAAAUAUGAUCAACGCCCUGACAUGUUCAGAGGAACUGUAAGAUAUGCAAGUGUACACGCUCACCUGGGUAGAACUGCUAGUAGAAGGGAUGAUUUGGAGUCAUUGGCUUAUACCCUCAUUUUUCUUCAUCGAGGCAGGCUGCCGUGGCAAGGGUAUCAAGGAGACAACAAGUCCUUUAUGGUAUGCAAGAAAAAGAUGGCAACAUCUUCUGAGUUGCUUUGCUGCUUUUGCCCAGCACCUCUCAGAGAGUUUCUCGAUACUGUGAUAAACAUGAAAUUUGAUGAAGAACCAAAGUAUUCUAAGCUAAUAUCUCUCUUUUCGGGAUUGCUUGGACCUGAUCCUACUAUAAGGCCAUUAAACACGGAUGGUGCUCAGAAGGCUAUUCAAGUUGGUCAAAAGAGGACCAGGAUUGCUUGUGACGAAGAAGAAGAGCAGCCGCAGAAGAAAGUUCGAAUGGGACUUCCUGCAACCCAGUGGAUUUCAAUUUACAAUGCAAAGGGGCCCAUGAAACAGAGGUACCAUUACAAUGUAGCAGAUGAAAGACUGUCACAACAUAUCGAUAAGGGGCGUGAAGAUGGAUUGUAUAUCAGUUGUUUAGCUUCCUGCUCCAACUUAUGGGCAAUCAUCAUGGAUGCUGGAACUCACUUUUCAAGCCAAGUUUAUGAGCUAAAUCCAUUAUUCUUACACAAGGACUGGGUUAUGGAUCAAUGGGAGAAGGGCUAUUAUAUCAGUUCCCUUGCUGGUGCUAAUAAUGGGAGCUCACUUGUAGUGAUGUCAAAAGGCACCCAGUAUUCUCAACAAUCAUACAAAGUGAGUGAAUUCUUUCCAUUCAAGUGGAUAAGUAAGAAGUGGAAAGAAGGAUUUCAUGUGACCUCCAUGGCCACUGCUGGUAGCAAGUGGGCUGUUGUGAUGUCUCGCAAUUCAGGUUUCAGUGACCAGGCAAUUGAGCUUGAUUUUCUUUAUCCGAGUGAGGGUAUUCACCAGAGAUGGGACAAUGGUUUUCGAAUUACAUCAACCGCUGCUACUAUGGACCAGGCUGCUCUUAUCUUGAGUGUGCCUAGACGCAUACCUGUUGAUGAGACUCAAGAAACUCUGCGUACAUCUCAGUUUCCUAGCUCACAUGUCAAGGAAAAAUGGGCAAAGAAUCUGUAUCUUUCUUGUGUCUGCUAUGGACGAACAGUGAGCUGAACAUAUUUUGGCCAUCUGGGGAGUCAACUCUAUUUUAUUUUACUGGGUUUGUGUGGUCAAAUUGUAAAAUAGUAGGGGCCCAAUGUCUCACUAUAACUAUUACUUAGAUGAUGGGGCGGUAUCUUGAGGGAUAUCAUUAUCAUGCCGCCCUAAUUAGAGUAGUGGAGUUGUAGAAUAGUAGCUCUCACCUGAUACAAGAAAUCUCAACAGUUAUCAUCUUUUUUUGUUUGCCCAAAUGGGGUUCGAUGAAAGGUGGACUUUUGUGCUGCAAAAGAUCUGCCUCUCAAUUCAUCCUUGUUUAGGUGGGUUAGGAUAUCAUUCCCUAAAAGUAUAACUUAGAAAUUUCUUGACACUUGAAUAAAAUUUAUAGUUAUGAAAAUCACUGUCUUGGCG